AUGUCCUCUUCCUCCUCGGCCUCACCCGCAUAUCAUAAUCAUUACCAUCAGCAGCAGCACGGUGGUCAGUGUGAUGAGGGGUUGUUUCCUCCAGCGCCGUCCUCUGGCACCUACGGACGUAAAGUCCGCCUCAUGGCUAACUUUUUUGGACUGAGGUCGGAGGUUAUUGCUACACAGGGGAUCCAGGCUUAUGAUGUUAUUACAGUGCCAAGUCUAUCGGGAUUGGACAGGACUUCGAUGAGGAAAAUUGAGGAUUAUCUGUUACAGCAAGUGGAUGGGCAAUUGAAGCCGUACAUCACGACGCCGUUGGUCGCGGUGGACCACGAGGCAUCCACUCGAAUUGGUCAAGCCUCGGAUAGGAACUGCCUUACACAGCCGGUGACGAUGACUAUUAGUCUCAGAGCUGCCAAGACUGCUUAUAAGGAUCGGGAGAACGGGGAGAGAGCAGUGUAUAGGAUGAUAUCAAAGAUGAUGACCACAGGCACGGGUCUGCAGCCUCUGGGGUCUGGCAAGAGCGGCGCGGUGAUGUACUUCGACACACGAAAAGUUGGGAGUAGAAGUCGGGGAGGGAGUGAUGGUGAAGCAAGGGCGGCUGAUAGGCAACAACAACAACAACAGGGCGAUGAAGAUAAUGGCCGAAUGCCAGUCCCGUGUAAAGUGGUAUCGGGCUUCUCCUGUACUGUGUGCAACGUGCCUGGAUAUGGGCAUCAGCUGAGAAUUGAUGUCCUCUAUCGAGCUGUCCAUCGUAAGGACGUUCUCACUACUAUAACCAGCAUACUAGAACACGAGACGAUGCUACAGGCUGUGUCGAGGCAUGCAGCUGAGGAUCGAAUGGGAGUAGAUUCGGAGAGAGGCAGUCUGGCCAGUUCGGGUGUUGAAGUGGCUACGAUCGACUCAGGAGCUGAGUGGAAUCGCAGAUGUGAGAAUGCUAUUAUACUUGCCCUUCAUAAUAGGAGGAUGUAUAGGGUGAAGUGUGUGAGAUUCGAUAUGAGUCCAACCUCAACCUUCCCAUACAAGGACAAGAAGACGGGCAAGGUCAGCCACAUAUCUUUCGUUGAUUUUAUGCGAAAAUGGUAUAAUUUGGUGGUGAUGAAUACGGAACAGCCGAUGCUGGAGUGCUAUGGGGAGAGGAAGAGUGAACAAGUUUUUAUGAUACCGGAAUUCUGUGCAUUGACGGGGCUCACUGAGGAAAUGCGGAAGGACAGAUUGUUGAUGCAAGAAGUACUGCAGUUGUCGAGAUGUACGGUAGACGAGCGUAUGAAUGCAUGUGUUGAUAUUGUACGCAGACUAAGGGGCGAUAAUGAUAGGGAUAAGGGAAGGAAGGGUGCCGGAACAGUGGACAGAGUAGCACAAGUCCUUGGUGAUUGGCGAUGCACUGUUUCUGAUAAGCCGAUAGAAGUAGCAGCCCGUAUGAUGGACCCAGUGGAGGUGUCUUUCGGGAUGAAGCGUUAUACAGUGGAGGAUGGCAACUUCCAACGUUGGACCAGGAAUGGCGCGCAGUGCCCAGUUAAUCUGGUUAAUUGGAUUUUGAUAUUCCCCGAGUCGGAUAUGGGAUUGGUCGAUAUGUGGCUGAGGAGUAUGAAGGAGUUGGCAGCGCAGGGUUUCGCCACGCACAUUGCCGAGCCGGAGAGGCUGAUGUGUACGAAUCAAUUGACGGAACUGCGACCACUACUGCUCGAUAAAGUUAAAGUGGACACGCAACUGGUUAUGUUAUUCACGCCAGUGAAGGACUGCAAGAGGGUAUAUCAGAUUUUCAAGCAAGUGUGUACAGUCGAACGGCCAUGCAUCACUCAAGUGGUGAGGAGUGAGACCAUGAGGAAGAAGACUAGUAUUGUAGCUAUCGUUACUCGGAUAAUUAUGCAGAUAUCAGCAAAGUUUUUGGGCCCCUUGUGGCACAUAGAUCUCCACACGUCCCUGACACCUAUGAUGAAUGAGCCCUGUAUGCUCGUUGGUAUUGAUACGGCUGUGGCUAAGGAAACGAGGCGUGCUGUACUGGGGUUUGUAUGCUCGCUGGAUUCUGCAUCCAGUCAAUACUUCAGCAAGGCUGUCCCUUUGGAUGGGGACCAGUACGACAUAUCGGCGAUGUCGAGUGACAGAGGAGGUGGUCAACGGUACUCAGAACAUGGGCAUACAACACCACCCAGGACUACUGUGAGCGGCACCACCCCGUCUACCUCGUCUAUGAAGGAAAGGAGGUCAGCUGGUGUUGCGAGGGCCAUCAAGGAGUGCAUGAAAGAGGCUCUGCUAUACUUUGGCGAUAGUAAUGACGGCAUAUUGCCGACUCGGGUGGUCAUCUAUCGGGCAUCGGUGCCGAUGAACGACAUGAGGGAGGUGGGCGCACUGGAAGUGAAAGCGGUCCAGGAUGCGUUUGCGGAGAUGGCAGCAGCUGAGUGGGACGAUGAUGCUACUAUUGCGCGGCCCACUUUGUAUUGUCCUCGCUUGACGUAUAUUCUGUGCACGCAGAACGUCCAGGCGCGCUUCUUCCUGCCAAUGGAUACACAGUCGUCGCCACAGACGUCCUCUAGUCAGGGAUCGGGAGGAGCGACCUCGUCAGGCCACUUUAAGGGUCUACGCAAUCCAGUGUCGGGUACGGUUGUGGACACCUCAAUUACUGGUAUUGGUGCGGUCACUGGUGGCACGUACAACUUCUAUCUCAUCAAUCAGCACGUGUCACGGGGUAGUGCCUCUCCUACGCACUACACCGUCGCCUAUGAUGACACUGGGUACCCAGUAGAGGCCAUACAAACAUUGACGUAUAAGUUGGCAUUCCUCUAUUAUAACUUCCCUGGGGGCAUCAGGUUGCCAGCCCCCGCGCAGUAUGCUAAGAAGCUAGCGCAUCUGAUGGGCACGGCAGUCUUCCAAGCGCCCCAUCCGAGGCUGAAGGAGACCCUUUUCUACCUCUAGUGGGACCUGCUGGCUAGGCAGUAGUGACGUCCCCUCAUUAUUUUAUUAUGUUA